AUGGACCCAAAUACCCCCUCGCGGCCGCCCGACUACAGCCUCCCGCCCUACGAUGAUCGCGACGACACACCGUCGGGACGCUCCAACAAUCCCGCCGCCAUUCGCCUCUUGACUUCAGUGGAGGAGCCCAUUAUGGACAGCCGACCUUCACAAGACGCCCGAGUUGUCGCCCAGCCUCUUCCCGCGCCCUCUCUCUCUGCGCAGGAAGAAGUCGGACGCUACAGACCCGGCGGUCUCUACCCCAGAUCACUUCGAUGCAUUGCGGCGGCAGGAGGAGGCACGGUUAACCACGAUCUCGUCUCCGGAGCCUGUCUACACACCACGUCGAAGCGGCGUGAGUGUCGUUGA